AGGAGCCCAGCUGGCUUCACCCAGCAGAUCCCUCACUGGGGCUGCAGGUGGAGCUGCCUGCCAGUCCCGCGCCGUGCGCCCGCACUCCUCAGCCUUUAGCUGGUCGAUGGGACUGGGUGCCAUGGAGCAGGGGGUGGCGCUCGCUGGGGAGGCUUGGGCCGCACAGGAGCCCAUGGAGGGGGUGGGAGGCUCAGGCAUGGCGGGCUGCAGGUCCCGAGCCCUGCCCCGCGGGAAGGCAGCUAAGGCGGGGUGAGAAAUCGAGCGCAGCGCCGGUGGGCUGGCACUGCUGGGGGACCCAGUACACCCUCUGCAGCCACUGGCCCGGGUGCUAAGCCCCUCAUUGCCCGGGGCCGCCGGGGGCGGCUGGCUGGUCCGAGUGUGGGUCCUGCCAAUCCCACGCCAACCGGGAACUCCAGCUGGCCCGCAAGCGCCCUGCGCAGUCCCGGUUACCCCCUCGCGCCUCUUCCUCUACACCUCCCUGCAAGCUGAGGGAGCCGGCUCUGGCCUUGGCCAGCCCAGAAAGGGGCUCCCAUAGUGCAGCGGUGGGCUGAAGGGCUCCUCAAGUGCCGCCAAAGUGGCAGCCCAGGCAGAGGAGGCGCCGAGAGUGAGCGAGGGCUGUGAGGACUGCCAGCGCGCUGUCACCUCUCAAGAUCUCAUUACCUUGUCCAGGCUGGUCUUGAAUUCCUGAGCUCAAGUGAUCCUCCUGUCUUGGCCUCCCAAAGUGUUAGGAUUACAGGCAUGAGCUGCUGUGCCUGGCCAAAAGUAACUUGAUAAUUUGCACACAGGUGCCACAUAAUCCUGGUGGUACAGGUUGUACUGUCCAAUACACUAGCCACAUUUUACUUAAAGUGAUGUGAAAUUUAAAGUUCAGUUCCUCAGUCAUGCUAGACAAUUUACAAGUGCCCAAUGGCCACAUGUGGCUAGUGGCUACUGUAUUGGGCAAUGUAGGUAUCGAAAAUUUUCACCAUCACAGAAGGUUCUAUUGCACAGCACUGGACAGACCCUGCUUCUAAACUAUUGUACGCAAUUUGCUAGGUGAGCGAUCUUUAAUGCAAAUCUAAACAUGGUCUUCUUUUGCUCAAAAGCCUUCAAUGAUUUUCUCUUUCAUCAGCAGCAAUCAGUUAAUAGAGUUUUUUUCUUUUAAAAAUGGUUGUAAUGGAAAGUUAAUCAAUUUUGAAUCAAUUUUGUGUGUUAAGACCAGCAUUAAAAACAAGUAGCAAAAGAGAGUAGAAGGGAAAGUACUUAUGGAUCAUUAGUACAGUUUUGUGAAAUUUUUGUUUUGGUCAUAUCUAUAUUUCUUUGCCUCUAUAACUAGAUUUCCACCUCUUCAUAACUUGAUGUCUGUAUGAUAUUCCACUGGGUUGCAAUGAAAAAAAUCUUUCUAGUUGUGUGUGGUGAGCAAAAAAUUUGGGCUUAUGGGAUAAGAAGUCUGAGCUCCGUAAUGAAGCAUUAUAAGGCCCUCUAUGAUCUGAUCCCUUGCUAAUUCAUUUCUAAGUCUCACCACUGUCUUGCACUUAGGUUCCAUUAAUUCAGAAUUGCUGCUGGUUUCACCUGAGACACGAAGCUUUAUUUUUCUUUUCUUUUUUCCAUCUCUGUUGCGUUUCCUCAUUCUGAACCGUUUCCUUGGAGUGCCAGUUCUACCUUCUUUUUGCCUGGAGAACUUCUCAUCGUCUAAGGCCAACUUAGGAAACACCUACAGCAGGAAUCCUGCCUAAAUGCUCCAGGGCGGGCUGGCUGUCCUUCUUUGACCUUUCAGAGCAUCCCACACACAUCCGUUUACGGGGUUAUAAUAACGUAAUUAUUUAUUUAGGUGUUCAUUUCCGGCACUAUACUAAGUUCUUUCAGUGCAGGUACUAUCUUAUUCAUCUUUGUAUCUGAAGCGAGAAGCGCGGUACCUGUAACAAACUAGGCAUUCAUUCAAUAAAUAUUUGUUGAAAGAAUAAACGCAAGAAGGAAGGAAAAAUCAAUCAACAACUGUGCGGACAAUGUCAGUGCAACGCAGACUCCGGCCAUCAGAGGGCGCCAGGGCGGCUGGGCUGGUGCGCAGGCGCGCUGAGAGGGCUGGCGCCGCGGCGGUAGCGGUGGCAGUCGCGGCUGUGGCCGGGGGAAGUGAAUGGUUUUACCCAGAGGGCCCUGCGCCGCCUUUCUCUGCUGGCAACGGCGCCGCUCCCCGCUCCUCCUCCCCAGCCAUGGCGUUCACGUUCGCGGCCUUCUGCUACAUGCUGGCGCUGCUGCUCACUGCCGCGCUCAUCUUCUUCGCCAUUUGGCACAUUAUAGCAUUUGAUGAGCUGAAGACUGAUUACAAAAAUCCUAUAGACCAGUGUAAUACCCUGAAUCCCCUUGUACUCCCAGAGUACCUCAUCCACGCUUUCUUCUGUGUCAUGUUUCUUUGUGCAGCAGAGUGGCUUACACUGGGUCUCAAUAUGCCCCUCUUGGCAUAUCAUAUUUGGAGGUAUAUGAGUAGACCAGUGAUGAGUGGCCCAGGACUCUAUGACCCUACAACCAUCAUGAAUGCAGAUAUUCUAGCAUAUUGUCAGAAGGAAGGAUGGUGCAAAUUAGCUUUUUAUCUUCUAGCAUUUUUUUACUACCUAUAUGGCAUGAUCUAUGUUUUGGUGAGCUCUUAGAACAACACACAGAAGAAUUGGUCCAGUUAAGUGCAUGCAAAAAGCCACCAAAUGAAGGGAUUCUAUCCAGCAAGAUCCUGUCCAAGAGUAGCCUGUGGAAUCUGAUCAGUUACUUUAAAAAAUGACUCCUUAUUUUUUAAAUGUUUCCACAUUUUUGCUUGUGGAAAGACUGUUUUCAUAUGUUAUACUCGGAUAAAGAUUUUAAAUGGUAUUACGUAUAAAUUAAUAUAAAAUGAUUACCUCUGGUGUUGACAGGUUUGAACUUGCACUUCUUAAGGAACAGCCAUAAUCCUCUGAAUGAUGCAUUAAUUACUGACUGUCCUAGUACAUUGGAAGCUUUUGUUUAUAGGAACUUGUAGGGCUCAUUUUGGUUUCAUUGAAACAGUAUCUAAUUAUAAAUUAGCUGUAGAUAUCAGGUGCUUCUGAUGAAGUGAAAAUGUAUAUCUGACCAGUGGGAAACUUCAUGGGUUUCCUCAUCUGUCAUGUAGAUGAUUAUAUAUGGAUACAUUUACAAAAAUAAAAAGCGGGAAUUUUCCCUUCGCUUGAAUAUUAUCCCUGUAUAUUGCAUGAAUGAGAGAUUUCCCAUAUUUCCAUCAGAGUAAUAAAUAUACUUGCUUUAAUUCUUAAGCAUAAGUAAACAUGAUAUAAAAAUAUAUGCUGAAUUACUUGUGAAGAAUGCAUUUAAAGCUAUUUUAAAUGUGUUUUUAUUUGUAAGACAUUACUUAUUAAGAAAUUGGUUAUUAUGCUUACUGUUCUAAUCUGGUGGUAAAGGUAUUCUUAAGAAUUUGCAGGUACUACAGAUUUUCAAAACUGAAUGAGAGAAAAUUGUAUAACCAUCCUGCUGUUCCUUUAGUGCAAUACAAUAAAACUCUGAAAUUAAGACUCA